GAGCAAGUGAGAAGCAUUUUUUUUAUUUAUUUAUUGGGAGCUUUACGAAGUAAAAGGUUGGAUUACAGCCCCUAAAGUGUGGACAAACGGAAAAUGAGAGGAAUGUUGAAGGAAGACUAGAAACUCUUUAACUUAAGUGCAAGAAUAGGCUGUAGGUUGGGUAUUCAAUUUUGGAAUCCUAAAACUGAAGUGGGUCUGAAAGAAGGCUAUAGAGAGAGGCUUUGAAACUGUGGAAGUUCAGUUUAAGAAGGAAAAAGCUUGAGCUGGAGUUAAUCUUGAAAGUUCACAAGAUUCCAUCCCUUUUUGUUGUUCGAAGUUGGCGCCUUAGGACGGCAAACUCAAGUGAAGAGUUGAAUUCUAAAGGAAAGGCUAUGGAUCUCUUGCAUCAGUUAGAGGAUAUCCUUGAAUCUGAUGCUCUAAUUGAUGAACUGGGGUUUAUUCAUCCAUCCCAGUUUUCCUUGCUAAAUAAGGAAUCAGGAAUUUCGUCUAAUUUAUCUGAUGAAGCUAUCCAUCAAUCAGCAGACAGGAUAACAAGCUCUGAGGAAUGUGCCAAACAAGAGAACCUAUAUUUCUGGAACAGAGAUCAUAAAUUGGGAAUUUCAACUCAUGUUCUUCUACCGCUAUAUAGAGCUGCUAAACAUGCAUUUAUGACUACAUUUAAACAGUACAUGAUGUGUGACAAUCAAUCUGACAAAGUUGGAAUUUGUUUACCUGCCUCUUCAUCCUAUGACCAUCUUGAAAGUAUACUACUGAGACACAGCAGGUCUCUCCUGCUGCUAAGCUGUGAUUUUAUGACUGCUUGGAAUUGCAGAAAGUUAGUAGUGUCCAAGAAGAAGCAGCUCUCAAUGUUUGUAGAUGAACUUCUCCUGUCAGAACUUGUGCUGUCAUAUUCUCCCAAAAGUGAACAAGCUUGGAAUCAUAGGCGGUGGGUGAUCAAGUCAAUCUCCGCAAACUGUUCAAAUUUCAAAGAGAUUCUGGGAAAAGAAUCUGAGCUGGUGGAAAAAAUAGCUGAGAGGUCAAAGAUGAAUUAUCGUGCAUGGAAUCACCGUUGCUGGUUAAUCUCAUACAUGACUAGAGAACAGGUGCUGUAUGAGUUGAAGAAUUCUAGAAGCUGGGCUGCGCUACAUGUUGCUGAUAAUUGUUGUUUUCAUUAUCACAGACGGCUAUUGCUGAAGAUUAUGGUGGACCAAAAUUGUGUGGAAGAAAUUAUAUCUUGUGGUCAUAAUGCUGAUAUUGCCCAAGCCUUUAAGGACGAACUUGAUUGGAAUAAAACAUUGAUAAAGCGUUAUGUGGGAAGAGAGGCCCUAUGGCUUCAUCGUCGCUUCCUUUCCAUGUGCUGGAUAAAUAAUUUUCUAAUUGAUUCUGGUGAUGCAUCCAACCAUUCCACGGAGGCAAUGAGCAUGUAUCAUGACUUUGGCACCUUUCUGCAGAAUGAAUUAUGUCUCCUUCACUCCUGUUCAACUUUUGUUGAUGAUGAUUUUGCGGAUUUUCAAGCACAAGCCACACAUUCUGCUAGUUACAUGCUAUGGUUGAAAGUGCAAGUUCCCAAGCCUCUGGAAAAUGAACUCCUAGAGAAGAUGAGAGAUAUAGAUCUGAAGACCUUGCUGGAUAAGUCAUACCCGGAGAGAUCCUCACUAUUCAAUUACUUAAUGAGCUAGGUGGAAGCAUAUCAGCUAUGUUAGAGGGAGUAGAUAUUAUUGUUUAUUCUAACAAUUAACUUCUUUUAUUUUAUGUUACACAUGGUAUGAUCUCAAAAGCUACGUUAUCUUGAUCAAAAUCAAACUUUGUCCUCUGAUGACAAUGGCACUAGAAUGCAACUGUCAUCAGAUUGAUGUUAUAGUCAGAAAUUAUUACUGCAAUUCUUUCCUUAAACAACUAACAAUACACUAC